AUGGCAGCAAGGGAAAUAGUGGCGAGAGGGUUUAAGUGGUCUAUUGGAAAUGGGGAACAGGAGGUUAGACAAACCAAUGAGGUUCAAGGCAAACCUUCCCAGUCAGGUGGGAAAACUUGGACUCCUCCUAGAAGGGGGUGCUAUAAGGUUAAUGUUGAUGGGGCAGUGUUUAAAGAAAUAGGCUGCUAUGGGGUAGGAGUAGUCAUUAAAAACGAGGAGGGGCAGAUAAUGGGGGCGAUGAGCAAGAGGUUGGAUUUGCUUUUGAAAGAGCUGGAAACGGAAGCUAAAGCAGUGGAGGAGGGCAUCAUCUUUGCAAGGGACCUCAGCUUAAGGAACAUCAGUGUAGAAAGUGAUGCUCAGGUUGUGGUAAAAUCCUUUAAAGCACAGGGCCAAGCAUCGAGUUCCAUUCAUUAG